AUGAGCGGCGUCGAACAAGAGAGAGAAGGCACAACCGUGCCAGAAACACUUAUGCCGCAAGGGUCUGUUCAGCCGGAUGAAGAAAGGGGACAGAUGACGCCGUUUGACGGGGUCAACACCACACAGCAAGAAGAGCCUCAAGAAUUCGAGAUGAGUAUUGUGGAACAAGUAGUACGUCGAGUAUCUCCUCAAGCCAGUUUCAGCUCGCUGACCCCUCCAGACGGCGGAUGGAGAGCCUGGUGCGUUUGCUUCUCUGGCCACUUGGUCUACAUGAACACUUGGGGCUGGGUUAACUCUUUUGGUAUCUUUCAGGCUUACUACGCUGACAAGCUUGGUCGGACGGCGAGCGACAUCUCGUGGAUUGGAUCCGUUAGUGUCUUUUUGUUAUUCUUUGUGGGCACUCUUACCGGACGGUUGGUUGAUGCUGGAUACUUUCGGUAUGUGUUUACUACCGGUAUUUUGCUGCAGGUUGUGGGCAUCAUGGUUACUUCGGUGGGUUCCGAGUACUGGCACUUUUUCGUUGCUCAGGGCGUUCUUGUUGGGCUUGGGCAUAGCUGCAUUUUCUGUCCUGUUCUUGCGGUGCUGUCGACGUACUUUGCUAGACGACGUGCUCUGGCCAUGGGCAUCGCUGCGUGUGGGAGUGCUACGGGGGGUAUGGUGUUUCCUAGCCUUGUGAGACAGCUUUUGCCGAAGCUGGGCUUUGCGUGGACGUUGAGGAUCGCAGGUCUCACGCAGCUGUUGACACUAUCUGUAGCUUUGGUAUUUGCCAAGCCUAGAAUCAAGCCUCGUGGUUCGAACCCCCUAGUAGAUUGGUCUGCCUUCAAGGACGUCGAGUUUGCCUUGUACGUUACGGCAUCGUUCUUCACCUGCUGGGGUGUGUAUCUCGCAUACUACUUCAUCGCUGCGUAUUCACAGAUCGCCCUCGAUCCUCCUCUCGCGUACACUGAAUCCCUCGACCUCCUCAUGAUCCUCAACGGUGCUGGUAUCGUCGGCCGUCUAGCAUCAAGCUGGGUCGCCGACCACACAGGCGCCAUCAACGUGUUCGCCCCGCACACCCUCGCGGCAUCUCUGCUGCUGUACUUCUGGAUGCUGGUGACUGACAAGCCGGGUUUGUACGCCUGGGCUGUUGUAUACGGCAUGAUUGCAGCAGCUAUUCAGAGUUUGUUCCCCACGGGUGUGUCGUUGCUGACACAGGAUCUUAGCAAGAUUGGCGUGCGGAUGGGUAUGGCCUUCACGGUUGCGAGUUUCGCGGCGUUGACGGGACCACCUAUUGCGGGUGCCAUCAUUGAUGUCGAGGGAGGAUACUAUGGCGCGCAGGCGUUUGCGGGGAGUGUCCUGGCCAUGGGUGGAGGGUUGUUGAUGAUGGCCAAGGGGAAGAAUAUGCGAAGAACGGGGACAGGAUGGAUGGGCAAAAUUUAA